UUUCCCCAAAAAAUUAGAAAAAUGUGAAAUAAAGCAAGGGAAGCUUCUGGCGCCAUAGUACCAAAAUAUUCGCAAUAAUUAUAUUUUCCUUCAUUCAUUCCUUCACUCUUCUCUCUGACACACUCAAACACUCCAUUUUAGAGAGAGAAAAACCCCAGAAUUUAGAGAGAGAAAGCUUGGUUCAAGCAACAAUGGUGAUGACCUUGAGAAAAAGGGUUCCUUCAAUUGCACCACAAAUUGAGUCUGAUUCUGAAACCCCACCAAAAAGGAAGAAAACCCAGAAAAAUUCAAAACCCAUUAAGAGAAGAGAGACUUUUUCCUCUUCAGAAUCUGAAUUUAACUCAGAUUCUGAUAAGGAAAAUGAGAGUUCAUUUGAGUAUGAGAAGAUUAGAGAACAGAGGAUUCGAGAAAACAGAGAGAGGAUGGAGAAAUUAGGGAUUUUUACUCUUUCUUCUCAAGUUUUUAAUGGUAAUCAAAAGGUGGUUCGUCGCAAAAACCCUCCUCCUCAGAAGAAGCGUUAUCCUCCUCUUUAUCCUCGUGUUCGCGAUCGUUCGUAUGAUUAUGCGAGGAGGUCUUCUAGGUUGAAGGAUAUGGAGACUGAGAAGUCAUUGAAAGAGAUGGGAAUUUCGAUACCGGAAGAAUGGACGACCGAGGUUUAUACUGAAGAAGAUGAAAAGCUUUUGGGUGAUUGCGAGACGAUUUGGACCUUGGAGGCUGAUAGCCUAGACGAGGAUGGUGACCUGGUUUAUGAUCUUGAAAGGCCACCUUGUCACCAAUGCAGGCAAAGGCGUGCCGGGAAAUUUACCUAUUGCAGUAAAUGUAGGACUCCCCAGGGGCAUAUGUGGAGAAUGCUUGUACACUAGGUAUGGAGAAAAUGUUCUGGAAGCUCGCCAAAAUCCAACUUGGUCAUGCCCUGCUUGUCGAGGCAUAUGUAACUGCAGCCGCUGCCGCCGGACAAAGGGAUGGGAUCCAAUUAAUAUUCCACACUCCAAGGUCAUUGAAUCAGGAUUCAACUCAGUAGCACAUUAUCUUAUCUUAACUCGACGUGCUGGUGCUACACCAAAAGAGUUGAAUGAUGGAGCUGAGGUUGUUGAUUUAACAGCGGAAGAGAUAGCAGCAGCCCCACAUGAUGAAGGCUCUGACUAUUCUGCUGAGUGGUCAGGUGCUGAAUCUGAUGAUUCUGACAGUGAGGAUGAGACAAAAGGUGAUAAGAAUAACGAGGAUCAGCCUGAUAAGAAUGAUGAGGGGCAGCUUGAUGAGAAUCAAGUUGCUUCUGCUGCGAAAUCUAUUGAAGCUGCUGUUGCUACUGAUAGAGAUGAAGUUCUUUAGGAGCUCAACUGUCAAAAACUUGCAUCUUUAGCCUGAAAUGAAGAUUGUACACAACUUAUUGGUGAAGUUGAUACAAUAGAUUAGCUAGAGUUGCGGUAGGUUUAGUCUUUUGAUCUAUAGGAGUUCUUGAAGCCGUUUACCCUUAUUUGGUUAGUAUAUACUAGUAUUUCCGGUGUAGGAGAAUGCUGGCUUCUGUUUUGGUACAUUUUGGUAGUUUAAGUAUCUCAGGAAGUUGCAGAACUUUUGCAAUGAAGUUGCUUAUGCCUCCUUGGCAACUUCUUAUCCUUGUAUAGUUUUAGGUUAUUUGCUUAUUUGCCAAUUGUCCCGUUUAGCUUGAUCUUUAUUUUGGUUUUUGGAUUCUUGGGAGCCAGGUAGGCAGUUUUAGGCAAUUUUGUAUAUUUAUUUCUUGUUUGCAAUGAAAGGCUAUGUUUCGUUAUAUUGCAUUAUUCAAAAAUAAUGAUUUAAUUUUAAUG